AUGGUCGCUUGGUUAGUAGCCUUUUUGGGAUUAGCAGUCUCUGUUGCUGGAGAUGUGCUUAGUGCAACAUCAGAUCUGAGCACACUACGUUAUGUACAAGCUGUAAGUUACAGUUUUCGGUGUUUCUUUGGAAUUUAGGUAAUUUGUGGAAGAAGAAGAUAGGUUAAUUAAAUGUGGUUUUUACAUUGAAGUCUUUAUUGUUUGAAGCUUUUGUAACCUGGAGCUGGUUCUAAAAAAUUUUAGGUAUGGCGUCACGGGGAUAGAACGCCAUCAACGUUGAUACCCACUGACACGGAUAACGGAAUCGAUAGUUGGCCAGAAGGUCUGGGAGAACUGACAGUUAAAGGUGAAGGACAACAAUACGAGCUGGGCAAAUUGCUUCGUCAGAGGUACGAUGGGUUUCUGGACAAGAAGUAUUCACCUUUUCAAAUUUACGUACGUUCUUCUGAUUACAACCGAACAUUGGCGUCAGCUCAAGCUAAUUUGAUUGGAUUGUUUCCUCCAGAAGAUUCGGAAUUGUUCAACAAGCAGCUCAGAUGGAGGCCGAUUCCAGUCCACACAAUUCCGAAGAAUGAGGACAGGGUAUGAAUACAAUGUAUAAUAUUAUUUUAUUAUAAUCUUGUUUUUUGUUUUACAAUACGUUUGUUUAAAAAAAUGGGUAUUUGAGAUGAAGAAUCGAACAAUUUUUGUUGAUUUUGUGUGAUUAAAUUAUUUAAUAUUACAAAAUUUUCUUUUAGGAACUGUUCGAUCGUAUUACGUGUCCUCAUGCUGAUACAGAAGAAGAUUCAGUCUAUGGAUCAGCUGAAGUAAAAAUCUUAGAAGAUCAUAAUGCUGAUUUCCUUCAAUUCUUGGCCGAAAAGACAGGUUUGUACGAUAAGCAAGUGCCACUCCGCAACAUGUGGAAGAUAUUCGACCCAUUGAUGGCAGAAUGGUCACAUCGUGACGAACACAAACUUCCAGAAUGGGUAAAUGAAACAGUCAGGAAUGAAAUCUGGAGAUUAUAUGAUAUGUCAUCUUUCUAUCUCUACGAUUCACCAUUGUUGAGAAGGUUGAGAUGCGGACCGUUGUUCAGUGCUAUAGUCGGCCGAAUGGACGAUGUUGUGAAUGGUAGAAGAGAUCAAAGAGAGAAGUUUUAUGCUUAUUCUGCUCACGAUACUGCUGUAGCAGCCUUGUUGUCGGCUUUUGAUGUCACACCUGGGGUUUUUCCUGAAUAUGCUACUAUGGCCUUGGUGGAGUUGCAUAGGAUUAACGACACUGAUGUGGUUAAGGUAUGUUUUCGAAAAGAAGUUUUAUUUUUUUUUUAUUUUAAUAAUAUUGUUAUAAAAAGUAAUGAAAUUACUAUUUCAGCUAUUGUACAAGAACCAUACUCAUUCAAACGAUGUUUAUGAAUUAGAUAUACCGUCUUGUCCAGGACCAUGUACAUUAGAUCGGCUUAAGCAAGCCACUUCUAAUAUUAUACCGAGAAAUUGGGAAGAGGAGUGUGGACUCUAUCAAAAGAACGAAAAAGAAAAUAUUUUGAUAUGUAAGUUUUUACGUUCUGAUUUUUAAAUUUAGGUUUUUUUGAAAAAUGGUUGGAACUUUGCCAGGUUUACUUAUAAUAGUCGAUUUUAAAAUUACUACUUUCAGACGCCGCAGUAGCUAUUACGAUAUUCAUCGUACUUGUCAUAAUCGCCUUUGUACAGUUGAUGUAUCAUCGACGUUUACAACAAGAGAACAAGACUAAAUACGCUUUGCUGAACGAAGAUAUCGACUUCUGA